AUGCCAAGAGAGGUUCGCAACUUAUUUUCAUGGCUUGGGGUCGUCAGCAAACCAGAAUGCUGGCAAGAAGGUCGAAUUUCCCCAGAUGGGCAUUCAGUCUCAGUUUCUGACUUGUGGUUUUUGGCUCACCACUACGGUCUUGUGGCUACUAGUCUUGGCGAAGUCUCCAAUGUGAGGAGUCGUGACGUCAUCACGUCGGGACAGGUCACGAUUCUUUGUGACGUGAUCAUCAAGUGCACUGGAUACUGGAAAAAUGAAGGAGCAAUUUUGGAUGACACUGGGGGGUUCCAAACACCAUUUGGAUCGAGUUAUGUAGAGGCCAUUGCAUUUUCGGUGCUCUUAUGGGGUACAGCCCGUGAAUUCCUGCAUGGGACUUUGCGGCUAAAUUGCCACCUCACAGCAUCUGUUGUGCAGCUCCUUGGUACAACCGUUGGACGGGAUGAACCUCUUAUGGCUGCAGGUAUGGAUUCAUUGACUGGUACCCAUUUUGUGUAA